UCGAGCGGUCGAUCCGGUAGCUCCGGGGCAUGACAGGGUCAUCACGAAUUCGUUUCAAUCAAAAAAGGCAUUUCAUUACGGAGUCGAGUGCGCCCCUUUUCCCUUGCGCGUGUUGCACAGAGACCACGAACGACACGGGUAGGAAAAGGUAGCCUCCGCUUGCACUAAAGGGGACUGCUGCACUAAAUUGAGUUGUGUGUAAGGAUAUCUAUGUAGCACGGGUGAGGGACAAAACAAUCACAAGCUUCAUAAAAUGUGUAUACACAGGAAAGAAUGAGAGUUCGAUCAUAAUGAAAAAUGGAAGGAUAAAAGAUGAAAAAAUACGGGAGAAGUUCGGCAGCGUUCCGGCAGCUUCUCGGCGGCACAUAGGCAGCAAAAGUAGCAACAGCAGCAUAAAAGCGAAGAGGGUUCGCACACACGUCUAUCGUCAGGCCAGGGUUCUAUGGUAGCACCGAGAGGGACGAUAAAAUUGAAUUGAUGCCAUCUCAGUCACGCAAUCCAUGCCGUCCGUCGUCGGUUGGCAGCACAACAAAGGACUGCCAUUGGAUGGAAUGCAGGCACAGUGGGCGUCAACGUUUACCCCCACCACUCGCUGGGCCAGGUCUCGCUACUCACUCUCACUUCCUAAGCAGCCCAGACACGCGGGCAGAGGCUCUCUCCGACCCUCGCUCACAACCGCUCGUACUCUCGCUCGCUCUCAAUGCAUACAGAAGUGACUUCCCUGGAAGUUUCGUUAGUAGCAAAUCAGUUUGUACCGACAACUUGUUGUCUAAACAUCUAGUUUCAAAGCCAAAAACGAAGGGUUUCGCAGCCCUAGGAGACAGCAUUUCGUGAAUACGACACGGUGCGAUCGUUUCGAAUCGAGGCCGGUGGUGCAACAUAGUAUUAAUUGAAAAUAAACGAUUGCGGGACGGUGCACAAGGAGGGAAAGAGAAGCCGACGGGCGCGUGUGUGUAUGUAUGUUGCCUCUAUGUAUCCGCCGUAUCAUUUGGGCUGCCAACGAAAGCAUAGAUCUCUUGACCUAUGAGGAAAAGGAUAACGAGCAAAGGAUACAGAUCAGCAACUUCAGUUAUGCUACAGCUUCGGAACAGUGACCACAGUGCUUCCGUUGAUUGUGUGUUAACUUGCCGAGUCAAGUGAAGACAGAAAGGACAAUAGGUUAUCAGUGAUAGACAAUUAGCGAGCGAUAGUGGUGAACGAACAGUGGCUAAAAUUGUGCUCGGUGGAAAGUUAUUCAGAAUAAGCGAGAAACAUUGGCGACUGGCCAGAGGAAUUAAGAUGUCUAUGAAUUCAUCGUCGUCGUCUUGCAGUGAAAUCAGUAUAGAGGAGCUGAAAGCCAGAUCACCAGAUUUCCCGCCGGAGAUCUUAGCAGUCAUAAAGCAAGAGCCUCGAUCGACGGUAUCUCCGAUUUUAACCCCUCCGCAUACGCCUACCGAGGACAGUAUUAAUACGACACCGGCGGUGAUCACUUCGCGCCACUACUUUGAUAUGGAGCAAAACCGGUCUUCGGCUCAACACCAGCACAUGCCCCAUCAUCCGCAUCAUCAUCCACAGCAUCAUCAAAACAAUCACCAUCAGCCCCACCAGCAGGAGGUCCCGAGUGCCUUCUUUCCUCAGCGACCCACCGAACAUGGCCAGCCACCCCCGAUGGAGGCCUUCCUAUAUCAACAACAGCAAGCUCAGCAGCAGCAGCAACAACAACAAAGGCAACAACAACAGCACCGCCUUUGGCUCCAAACCCAAGCGGCGGCAGCGGCUCAACAGCAUCUUCAUCAAACCGGUUAUCCUCUACCAGGUUACCCCCAGAUCCCCGCGUCAGUUGCCGCCCAUCAUUCGCAUGCCCUCAUGCAACAAUGGAUUCGCAAUGCAGCCAUCUAUCGGCAACACUUCCAAGGAUACCCGGGUGAUCUAACACGAAUUCCUGUACUUGGUCGUCCCGUCAAUCCCAUGAAAGCUCCGGGUCAUGGUAGUUCUCGUCCAAAGAAACAAUUCAUCUGCAAGUACUGCCAUCGACACUUUACCAAGUCUUACAACCUGCUAAUCCACGAGCGAACCCAUACCGAUGAACGACCUUACUCUUGUGAUAUAUGUGGUAAAGCCUUCCGACGGCAGGACCACCUUCGGGAUCAUCGAUAUAUCCACUCCAAAGAGAAACCAUUCAAAUGUUCCGACUGCGGCAAAGGUUUCUGCCAGUCACGAACUCUAGCCGUUCACAAGGUCACCCACCUGGAAGAAGCUCCCCACAAAUGUAACAUUUGCAACCGAACCUUCAACCAACGAGCCAACCUCAAGACCCACAUGCAAAGUCACGCCCUAUCGGACAUUACCCCCAACAGUCCGGUGCUAGACCUCUCGCAAAAAUCGUCCCCGUCCUCUCCGGACAAGGACACCAUCGACGAUGAUGAUGACGAAGAAGAAAUCGACGUUGAAGAAGACGAUGACGAUGAUCACUAUCACCACCUCCACGGAACUUCCCCGGACCUGCCGAACCUACCGAAGAAAUCCCUCGGGUUCUCGAUUGAUGAAAUCAUGAAGCGGUAAUUGGAUACGUUCGGUAAUUACCCCCGUUCCCAAAGAUGUUCCUUACAGGUCGAGUGAGUGAGUGAUUAGUUGAUUCUAAUUCUGUUUGUUGAUUUUGUAUUCGUUUUCUUUAUUGUGGAAGAUUUUAUUUACUCCAUUAUUGUUGCGAGGUAACCCACUUGAGAGAGAUGGAGGAAAACAGAGAGAGAAGGAGACGAUUGGUACGCAAAGCAUUAGGCAGAAAAAAAAUCAACGACGAAUGAGGAGAAGGUAGAAAGUAGUUUAAUGACCUAGAAAAACACAGAUCAACACAACGAAUGCAGCCAAAGAAGAGUAAUAGCUUGGUAUCCUCCAAAAAAACGGCUCGCCGUUAGUUAUUGCGAAGCGAAGAGAUUUGUAAACUAUAUUAUGCUCUUAAACCAAGUGUUGACCUUUACUACAAGACACAUGUAAAGCACGAAAUUUAUCUCAUCUCUUCCUUCGCAUAAACGCAGAAAACAGGCACAGCGAUGGAGCUUUGACCUUUCUUUUAAAGACUGAUAUUGCUUUUAUUUAUGAACGCGCGCUUAGUUAGGGCCCCAUAAACAGACACAUAGUUACACAAACGCAAUCACAUGCACAUCAGCUCACGUGCUCAUUCCACAUGUAUGUAAAGUAUAAACUAUUUAACCAAAUCUCGUUGAUUGAGUCAUUUGUUGCCAAGCGGUCGGUGUGACAAUGGAAACCCAGAUAGUAUUUGAAACUGAUCUCAGCCAAACCACAAACCAGAAUAUUAGCUUGUUAGGUGCAAAAAAACUGUAAAUAAUUUAUUCUAGUGUUUUAAGUUAGAGGAAUAUAUUUUAUGUUGUACGCAAUAAGACACACCAAGACGUAAAUUAUUACUGGAAAAUGAUAUCCCAAAUAAUAAAAGAUAGAGCUCUUUCAUCCAAUACGUA